AUGGCCUCCAAAAAAUUCAUCAUUUACUUUGCUCUUGUUGUAAUCGCGUCGUUUUUGAUUCUUGGUAGCAAUGGUGCGCCUAUUCCUUUAUCAAACAAAGGAAACGGGAAUGGCAACGGCGGGUCAGGAAAUGGGAAUGGAAAUAACAAUGGUGAUGAUAAGGAUUCUUAUUCCAAGACCGUAAAACAAGCCACCAACAAUUACGGAGUACCUAACAGCAACCCUAUCAAGAACCAACCAACUAAACCAGCUAACGGACACUAA